AUGUCGAGCGCGGCCCCGCGCCUGGCUCGGCUCUUCACGCCAACAUAUGCUAGGAUGAUCAAUGCACAAAUUGUGCACCCGGCCGUAUCACAACUCGUGAAGCGCAACGAACUGCAGUCAGCCCUGGCCAGGCCGCUGCACGUAGCAAUGUACGAGCCGCACAAGCCUGCGUCUUACUUGGCUGCCAGUCUUUCCUAUGGCAUGAUCAAAGGACAUCCUUUUCUAGAUGGCAAUAAGCGGACUGCUUUCUUUCUUGCCAACGAGUAUUUGCGCGCGCAGGGCAAGCCAGGCUUAGCGGACAGCGGUGAAGUUCACAAGGACCUUACCGCCGUGGCAGACCGUUACAUCAGAGUAGCUAGUGGAGAAAUAGACGUGGACGGGUUGGAGGAAGGUCCACGGAGAUGA